AUGCUGUCUGAGAAAGAUUUGGAAGACAGCAACAAUUCCAAUCAAAAUGAACAUGGCUGCAAAAACAAUGAAGCCAAGGACAGUUUAGAUAAGCCAAAGUCCAAUUCCCAGAAUUCGUCGGCUGCUGAUUCCGAGGAUUCAAAUGGCUUGGAAACCUUAUGGGAGCAUCAAGAUUUGAUAGAACAGCUCAAAAUGGAGCUGAAAAAGGUCAGAGCUACAGGUCUCCCAACCAUCUUAGAAGAAGACGAGUCACCAAAAAUAAUGGAAGAUUUGAAGCCAUGGAAAAUUGAUGAGAAGUUCCAGCAUGAAGAUAGAAUGGGCGAGCUUCACAAGUUCUACAAGAGUUACAGAGAACGAAUGCGGAAAUUCGAUAUCUUGAAUUACCAAAAGAUGUAUGCAAUGAGCUUUCUUCAAUCGAAGGACCCACUUCAAUCAAUUGCAAGCCAUAAAGUUUCAGCUCCAGCGUUGACGUCCCUUCUUUCGCAGAAAUUCCUGCGAAGCAAGCACAAAAAGUCCAGUUCUGACCCAAUGAAGAACUUUAUUAGGGAAUUGCAUAACGAUUUGGAAGUGGUGUAUGUUGGGCAACUGUGCCUCUCAUGGGAAAUCCUUCAUUGGCAGUACGAAAAAGCACUAGAGCUAUGGGAUUCUGACCCUUAUGGGAUGCGACAGUACAAUGAAGUUGCUGGCGAAUUUCAACAGUUUCAAGUGCUCUUGCAAAGAUUUAUAGAGAAUGAACCUUUUGAAGGUCCAAGGGUACAAAAUUACAUCAAGAGUCGAUGUGUGUUGCGUAAUCUCCUUCAAGUUCCAGUAAUAAGAGAGGACAGUAUGAAGGAUAGAAAGGCAAGAAGAAAAGGUAAAGAUGACGAUUCAAUUACAAGUGAUACGCUAGUGGAGAUCAUGGAAGAAUCAAUAAGAAUUUUCUGGCGAUUUGUUCGAUCUGAUAAAGAUGCACAAAAUGUGAUUUCAAAGGGUCGGAAGGGAACUCAAAUAGAACCCCAAGAUCCCACUGAACUAGAGCUCUUGACAGAGGUUCAAACAAGUCUUCAAAAGAAGGAGAAAAGGCUUAAAGACAUUUUGAGGAGUGGAAACUGCAUAUUGAAGAAGUUUCAAAAACAUCAAGGGGGCAAUUCUGAUCAAGUUCUUUACUUCUUCUCUCAAGUGGAUAUGAAGUUAGUAUCAAGGGUUCUGAACAUGUCGAAAUUAACAACGGACCAGCUUCUGUGGUGUCACAGUAGAUUGAGCAAGAUAAAUUUUGUUAGCCGGAAGAUACAUGUAGAACCAUCGUUUUCGCUUUUUCCAUGUUGA